AUGAGCAGGCACAGCUGGUUCCCCUUGCAAUACAUCCCCAAGCCCUUCUGGAGAGCAGAGAACCACAGCACAACCAACUUCUUCUCUGCACUCUACAGCUUCCCCAACCAAUCCUUCUUCCACAGCGACUUGGACCUGGAGGACCUGGGGGACUUUGGCAGCGGGGCCAGGUACGAGGGCGAGUCCCAGAGCCAGACAGUGAAGGCACUGCUGAUCGUCGCCUACUCUGUGAUCAUCUGCAUCUCGCUCUUUGGCAACACCCUGGUGUGCCAUGUGGUGGUCAAGAGCAAGAGGAUGCACUCUGCCACCAGCCUCUUCAUCGCCAACCUGGCUGUUGCUGAUGUGAUGAUCACCAUUCUGAACACGCCGUUUACACUGGUGCGGUUCGUGAGCAGCACAUGGGUGUUCGGAGAGCUGAUGUGCCACGUCAGCAGGUUCGUCCAGUACUGCUCUGUCCACGUGUCCGUGCUGACCCUCGCUGCCAUCGCCCUGGACCGGCAUCAGGUGAUUAUGCACCCUCUAAAGCCACGCAUGUCCCUGGUGAAAGGAGGGAUCUGCAUCCUCAUCAUCUGGGUCAUGGCCAGCUGCUUCUCGCUGCCUCACGCCAUCUAUCAGACUCUGACCAGAUUUUACAUCGGAAACAGGACCAUCCGAACAGUGUGCCUCCCCAGCUUCCCUCCUCCUGCCGAUCUCUUCUGGAAGUAUUUGGACUUGACUACGUUUGUCCUCUUGUAUGUCCUGCCCUUGCUUGUGAUCUCCGUCACAUACACCACAGUGGCCAAGAAGCUCUGGCUGCGCAAUGCCAUCGGGGACGUCACCAUGGAGCAGUACUACGCCCAUCGGCGGAAGAAGAAGAUGACGCUGAAGAUGCUGAUGGUGGUGGUGGUUGUGUUUGCCGUGUGCUGGUUUCCCCUGAACUGCUACGUGGUGCUGAUCUCUUGCAGGGCCAUCCACAGCAGCAACGCUCUGUACUUUGCUUUCCACUGGUUCGCCAUGAGCAGCACCUGCUACAACCCCUUCAUCUACUGCUGGCUGAACGAGAGCUUCCGUGCCAAGCUCAGGGCUCUGCUCUGCCUCUGCCCGUGGGCGCCGCGG